AAUGAAACGAAAAUGAAAGUUAAUGUAUGUAGGAGAAAACCUCUUCUUUUCAUCCAUUUUUUGCGGAAUUAACAUACAAUUUAAUAGUUGAAGUAUUGCUAUAAAGCAUAUUGAAUUCAUAGGAAGAAAAUGGAUAUUUUAACAUUCCUUUUGAUAAUGAUUUCCUUUACUGUUGGUGACUUAUCAACAAUAAUUUGCCCUUUGAAUGAAACUGAAUGGAAUGUCAGGUCCAAAACGAAAGUAUGUCAGGGCAAAGAUGAUUACCACUGUCUAGUCAUGGAGGACGGGAAAACAAGGGAGGAGAAAUGCAUAGAAAGAACAUUAAUAAUGAACGGAAACUGUCCAAUCUUCACAAAUGAUUACUAUCUUCACUGGAGGACUUGUAAUAAAACUGGUUGCCCUAGCAUCCCUUACAGAAGUGACGAGGUGUACAAUUUUCCUGUUUGUUUUGAAAUUGAAAGUGAAGAAAACAACCUUCAUUGGAGUCAGCAAUCAAGGAGCAAGGACGAUGCAUUUGCCUUAAAAAUUGGCUUACCACUUGGGCUCAUACCAGCUGUAUUGGUGAUAUCUAUUGUGGUGAUUUUAAUAAUUAAGAAGAGACGACAAACCCUGAAAUGUCUUUCUGGAUUUCGGAGGAAUGAUGAUGAUGAUGAUGAUGCAAAUGAUGUUCCUGAAUUGAGAAAGCUGGUAAAGAAACCUGAGUACAUAAGCAUUGCUGUCGACCACCUGAAAACAAAGAAGAUAAUUUACGUUAUCGGACAACUAGGUAACUCAGUCUCCACUUCAGGGAAGAAAAUAACCAAAAUAUAUGCCAAACGUCAUCAAAUGAGCGAUCACUAUUAUAAUUACCUUGACAUUUCUCAGAAAUUUUCUGAACAUUGUCCUGAAAAAGUUUUUAAACGUAAAACUGUGAAUUUCAUUGAUGGAUGGGGAGGACUGUGGAAUGAAAAUCCUUGCGAAAGAAAGAGAACUCUGGACAUAUUGGUUCAAGUUGCUGAACAAAGCAAAUCACUUGAUAAUACAAAGUUCGUUUUUGGCCUUCGCACAGAGAUUCACGAAAGAUUGAAAGAUGAAUUACUGAAGCAGGAGAUUCGUAUAUCAGAAUAUGAGAGAGUGUUGCUUGAUAAUAGCUCAAUUUACAAAAGAAAGAAAGUAGUAGAAGAAAUAAAUUUGCUUCAGAAUUCGUGUUCAGAUGGCGGUUGUGGUUGUAAAUCUUUAACCUUCGAAAGGGUGUCAGAAAUCGAUCAAGUACCGAUAGGAACAUUUUUGGUUGUUAAGUUAAUGAGUUUAGAUCAUAAGAUGAUUCCAGACUUUUUAAGGAGAAAUAUAGGUCCACUCAAAGCAGUGCAAAACCUUUUUGAGGGUUUAAUGGAAGAUCAAACCUGGCCAUGGCUCCCAUACUUCGUUUGUUUAGGUUAUCAUGACAAUAAGGAAUUUAAACAAGAAAUAGCAAGUGAAUUCGACAUUUCGGAAGACAUGCUGUCAGAGCCUGAAAAAGUUGCAAAAUACACAAAAAUGUUGGAUAAGGAUAAACUUGCUCCGAUGUGGUCGGAAAGAUUCGAUCUAGAAAAACCCAAAAAAGAUGAAACACGAGAAGUACGCGUCUUCUGGCAUAACUUUCUUUACAUCUGUGCUUUUCAUGCAUGCUACAAAAAAUACCCGAAACAGAUGAUACAGUUUUGCAAUCUUGAUGCCAUCCUUCAGUUAGUUCGCCCUAUGAGUCAUCCUGACCCCCUCGCUAUUAUAGCAUGCGAGAAAGACAUAGAUUUGUUUUGUGAAGAAAGGUUAAAAAAUCUUGCAGACGACAGUGUAUUUAAGGAGCAUCCGUUAGUUCUAGACUGGAGAAAACGGAAAGAGUAAACACAGUACACAAAUUGUCUUGGUUUCUCUAAAGCAAAAGUACUGAGAGGAAAACCUAGUAGACAAGUUUUGGAAUCUGUAAUUAUGCGUUUAAGGUAUUUCACUUGUGAAAUUUGUUAAAUCAAGGAUUUAUUGAGAAGUAUAUUUUGGAUAAGUACUCAUAUAGAGUGACUCAAAAUCGCAGAGAAAAUGGGGGGUCAGUGUUCAUCUUACUGAUCUACGGUACAAUGAAGUUGACCUUUUUGCACUAAAAUUUUAACUCUUUGGUUAAUUACUUAAACCUUUAUUAUAUUUUAUCAGAUGUAACCAUGGAAAAAAAUAUUAUCUUAUUUUACGUAAAAUAUUUUGAAUAAUAUUUAUCAUUGAAAAAAUCUUGCAAAUUAAUGCGCGUUAGCCGUAGAUGGAUUCGAAUGUGAAACGACCGGGAAGCGUUUAAUACUCUUCCUUCUUUGUUAUUACAUAUAACAUUACAAAAAUCAAACAAUAUUUUUUAUUAAACUAUUCUUUAAAAAUGUAUGCUGUUGCUACCCCAGUGUAAAAUUUUCAUUUGUGGAAAAGGAUGACUUAGAAUCAUGCAGUGCCGAUUUUUGCAACGCGGGCUUAAUACUGUAACGAUAUUAAUACCGUACGUCGUCCAGAGCUUUUAAUUUUACUCUGGUUAAAGUAAUUGUAAAAAAAAAUGUAUGCCAAUGAAAUAACAAACCCUAAGACAUUAUUUAUUCUCGUUGUUAUUUUUUUAGCAGUUCGUUCAGUCUGGAAAAGAGUUCUACAUUGCGCUUCACAAAAUUUUAGGUAUGCUGGCUGCUCCGCCCUUGACGUCAAAAUCCAUUUUUUUCGUUGUUAGCAGAUUUCUCUACCGCGCUUAAUUUUUUUUACGAUCUCCGUAUUUCGAAUCAAAAUUCUAUCAAAGUUGCACAACAUGAAUUUGAAAUAAAGCUGAAAAAUUAUACACUUAGACUGAAUUAUUUUCGUUCUUUUUAUGGAUCCACUAAGAGUUAGAACAUUGGUAUUACAUAUUUUCAAUAUCUGAUUUCGUGACUGCUCCGUGUAUCCCUACUAU